AUGACAUCGGUAUUCGUUUCAGGCGCUACAGGAUACAUUGCGCAACAUAUUGUGAAGACAUUGCUCGAAAAUAAUUACAAAGUGGUGGGAUCUGUGAGAUCUACUGAAAAGGGAGAAAAGUUGGCAAAGCUCUUAAGUUCGACUAAUUUCAACUACGAGGUUGUGAAUGAUAUUCAAAAAGAAGGAAGUUUUAAUGAGGCGUUGAAAAAGCACCCAGAAGUGACGGUUUUCUUACACACGGCGUCCCCAUUCCAUUACAAAUCGAAGGAUGUGGAGAAAGAGAUGAUGAUUCCAGCAGUCAAUGGGACCAAAAAUGCGUUGAAAGCUAUUAAAGAUUACGCACCGCAGGUCAGGAGAGUUGUCGUGACAUCAUCGAUUGCGGCUAUUAAGGUUGAAGCUAAGGAAAACGACAGUACGUUUGUAACAACGGAGGAGACAUGGAACCCAAUUUCGUGGGAAGAGGCACUCACAAAUCCUAUUUUAGGGUACCGUGGGUCUAAAACGUAUGCCGAAAAAGCGGCAUGGGAGUUUGUUGAAAUGGAAAAACCUCUGUUUAUAUUGUCAACCGUCAAUCCGGUGAUCGUGUUUGGCCCACAGGCAUUUGACAGUGAAGUCAAAGAGACAUUGAACACUUCGGCAGAAAUUAUCAACAAUUUAUUGAAGUUGAAGCCAGACGAUCCAGUUCCUCCUUUGAAUAAUGCGUUUAUCGAUGUUCGGGAUGUUGCGAAGGCACACGUGGUGGCAUUUGAGAGUAACAACGCUGCCAACCAGAGAUUGUUGCUUAGCGAGUCAAGGUUCUCGUCGCAAUUAGUCUUAGAUCUUGUUCACAAGAAUUUCCCCCAGUUCAAAUCACGUAUUGCCGUUGGAACCCCAGGUAUCUAUCCGGACACUUCGGGACUCUGUAAGACUGACAACUCCAAAACUAGGGCCAUCGUGGGCUUUCCAUUCAUUCCCCUAGAGAAGUCUGUUGUUGAUACAGUUCAGCAGAUCGUGAAAGCCGAGGAAAAUCAAUAG